CGCAGCUGUUGCCAGUGCGGGUGUUGACAGGUAUCCAGGUGAGUUCCUGCUGUUAGUCAUGGGGCUGGUUUACUCGGAGCCAUCCUGUCAGUCAGCGUACGAUGGAGACGUCCAUCAGCUGUAUCACCUCCUCAGGAAGGAUCCAACCCUCCUCAACGUUCAGGAGGAGCACACCGGGGACACGCCCCUAAUCGCAGCCUGUCGCCGUGGCAACCUGAGGGUUGUCCAGUACCUGCUGGAGAAUGGGGCCGACGUUCACCUGACCAAUAAGAAGCAGAGGACCUGCCUCCAUUACGUCUCCAAGAGGACGUUCUCUCUGCUGGAUUACCUGAUGAUCUCCAUCCUGAUGCCCAUCCUGCUGCUUGGAUACUUCCUCAUGUUACAGAAGCAGAGGAAGACUGUGUCUCUGAUGAAGGAGGUUCUGAGCAGCAACAUCAACGUCAACGCUGUCGACUAUAAGGGAAACACAGCUCUUCAUUACGUCUGUCAGAGGAAAAGUCAUCGUCUGGUUCCUCUGCUGCUGGAGAGAAACGCCGACACCAACAUCGCAAAUAGUGUAACCCUAACCCUAACCCUAACCCUAACUUACAAAACACGACACAAUAACGACGGAGAAACUCCGUUGGAAAUCGCGACCAGACUGAAGUUCAAGAAGAUCGUCAACGUGCUGAAGAAGGCGCGCUGAUGAUGAAAUAGUUACAGCUGAUGUUUGUGUUCAGUUACUGACAGAAUGACAAUAUGGAGGCUGCUGCAGUUUAUCUGUUACAGGUAGUUGAUGUUACAUUUAUUCAGUUUACAACCCAAAAUAACAUCAGCUUCAUCAAACUGCUCCAGGCUAGGCUAGCCAUUUCCCUUCUGCUUCCAGUUUCUGUGCUCAGCUAGGGUAGCAGUUUUCCCUGUUUACAGUCUUUGUGCUAAGCUAAGCUAAUACUUCCCCCUGGUUACAGGCUUUGUGCUAAGCUAGGUUAGCGGUUUCCCUCUGGUUCAAGGCUGUGUGCUAAGCUAUCGAUGGUGCACAGUUUGCUCAUGUAAGGUAACACUGAUGACAACAUUGGCUAGCACUUUCUUAAUGCUAAGCUAGGCUACACGAGUACUGUUGAUAAUAAUAGUAAAAUUAAUUCUUUAAGAUGAAACAGAAACAUAUAAAAGAUCAAUAGAAACAAUCUGUAAAUAAGAAUGUAAAAUAUAAAUAUUGAUGUAUUUCAAAUUAAAAAUUUCUGUAUUUCAAAAUAAAAUUGGUUAUUAAUAAAAACACCUUAUUUUGUUUAUGAUAA